UUUGGCUACCAAAGCUUCUCUCUCUUAAUUCAGAGAAAAUUUAAUUUAUAAUAAUGCCACUUAUGACAAUGAUUAAAAGAGAGGCGGAAACGGACGCUUACCAUGUUGAUUGGACAUCUCUGAAACCGGGAGAUCACAUUUACUGUUAUAGGAGGUUGAACGUGUACUCCCACCACGGAAUAUACGUGGGGGAUUAUAGGGUAAUUCACUUCAUGGGACCCGAAAGAGGUAGCAGCAUCAGCAGUAGCAGCAUCAGCAUCAGCAGUAUUUUUUUUGGGGAACACUGCAAUAUCUGUGGAUGCAAGCCUAAACCGCAGGGAGGAGUGGUGAAAACCUGCUUAGAGUGUUUCGGCAACCUCCGACACUUGUUAGUCUUUGAGUACGGAGUGUCACAGUUUGAAUUCUUAGUUAAAAAUAAAGGGACAUGUAGCGUCGACCAAAGCGACGACCCAGAUGUCGUUGUGCGUCGAGCUACUCAAAUACUUGAAGAUGGUGCUGGGUUUGGCGAAUAUGACCUUUGGUCUAACAACUGCGAGACCUUCGCAGUUCACUGCAAGACCGGGAAAGGUAGAAGCACCCAAGCUUUGGCACUGUUGGAUGGUGGGGUGGGUGGAGGUUGUUCUAUAGUUUGAGCAAUGUAAUUGGCAAACCAUGCAACCUUGACAGUUGUGUUUGGAUGCUGUGGAUGGACUCCCUUGAGGUUAAAUAGCCAAAAUUAAGGAAAAUAAUAAUAAUAACUUUGCCCCACAUCGGUUUGAUACAGUGAUAAGGAGUUGCUUGUAAACACAAAACUCUCCGCAUGAAUAAGUUUUGAGAUGUGGGCUGGUGUAUUUUUUUUUUGAUCAAGAAAGGUUAUAUGCAUUGAUCAA